AUGUGCUGGAUCUACCAGGAGCUUGAAGCCCCCGCCGGUAUAGCCUACAGGGUCAUUGAGGCACUCAAGCUUCCCCACCACGACAAGAAUAUAUAUCCCACUGCUUGUUUCAUCAGGCCUUUCAGCAGAGUUACCAUGAAGGAAGGAAAUGUGAUGAUUGGAACUCACACUAACAUGAUCCAGAGUAAAAAUCCAGCGUUUCCUGUGGGAAGUCAUGUUGUGAGUACCAGCGGGUGGAGAACCCACACACUCAGUGAUGGGACCGGCCUCACUCCCAUCCUGUCUGAGUGGCCUAAGUGGUCUGUGUCCCUGUCUCUGGGUGCCAUGGGGAUGCCCGGACUGACGGCUGUUUAUGGGAUAGAAGAAGUGUUGGGACUCCAGAAGGGUGAGACCCUGCUGGUAAACGCUGCAGCUGGAGCAGUGGGCUCCGUGGUGGGACAGAUCGCCAAGAUCAAGGGCUGGAAGGUGGUGGGCUCGGCAGGCUUUGAUGCCAAAGUGGCUUACCUCAAAGAGCUGGAAUUUGAUGAGGUCUUCAACUACAAAACUGUGGGUUCCCUGGAGGAGGCUCUGAGGAAGGCUUCACCAGAAGGAUACGAUUGCUUCUUUGAAAACCGGUCGCACCACCGUGGAAAACUGUGUUUCCAGCUACGACUGCCGAGGCUAAAGGCUAGCCCGGACUGCUUGGCUGCGCCACGGAGGCAGCCGCUAUGGACUGUCGGAGAGCUGGACAGUGACUGGCUAACGUGCUGUAACAGAGACAGCAUCGGGUCCGCAGGGAGUGGAUUUAGUGUGGGACUGGUGAAGGCGACCUACCGAGCAACGGAACUGUAA